AAUGAGAAAAAAAUAUACGAAACUCCGCUUCACUUGUGUUUUUUUCUAAUUUUACUGUCAUUAGGCCGAUAAAUUGAUGCAUAUUUUGUAUGCAACAGUUAUUUUGACUUAAUAAAGUGCUCUAGUAUGUACCAGUUUAACGCGGGGAAUGCUCUAAGUGCGUCUAUUCACUAAAAUCAAUAACAAUCGCUGACCAACAAAGUUACCAAAAUGAAUUAUGAAUCGGAACGAGCCAUGAAUCAGAAGAGGUUGCGAAUGGAUCCGGAGCCGGGUCACGGUGUUGUGCAGGGGAAUGGUUUGCCGCUCAAUUACAUCGAUAAUGGACAUCAGAUCCCGUAUCAGCCGUAUGCGGGGGCAUACAACACUCACUACCCGCCGCCAGACGCAUUCGCGGCAUACGGGCCGCCGCCCCCGGGGGGCUACGCCCCACAGAAUUUGUCGUACGCACCUCCCGCGCAUCAGAAUUACCCACAUCACCAGAGUUUCCCGCCACAACAGCCGCCGCAGGCUCAAUUACAUAUGCAAACUCACUUGGGGUAUGGAGACGUGGGAGUGCACAAGCCGGCGUGGCCGCCGCAGCCGCACCUGCUGCCGCCGCUCGACACGCAGAAACCGCUCGACGUGAAGCAGCUCAAGCCGGAGAUCAAACUCGAGCCCGCCGACUCGCAGAAGAGGCCGCAUCCCGAGAAUGAGAUGAUGGGAGGCGAUCUCGACCAGCCGAAGAUAAAAAUAAAAACGGACAUAUUCAAACCGGACGACUUGGCGCACAGGCCGGCUAUAGAUAAACCACUCGAUGUCGUACAGAAAACUCAAGACAUACAAAAACCAGUUGAUAUACAGAGCAAAGAUGAUCAACUUAAUGUCUGCGUAGAGAACAAAACUGGGGACAAACCAGCCGAGUGCGUGCAGGCGGAGGGCGCAGGCGCGGCGGGCGAGGCGCCGCGACAUGAUGCCGCGCGCGACACGCUGCACGGUGAUGUGGACAGAAAGCCGUUCAGCAGUCCGGAGCUGCCGAAGUCUGGCACUGUUCCGGGGAAGGCGCCUACGCCUGGCACAGAGCCAAAGAAGCGGGGCCGGCCGAAGGGCUCUACCAAUAAACCGAAGCCGCCCGGGGCGAAGCUGUCGCCCCCCACGCCGGGGGCCCACACCCCCCGUGCGCCUGCACCGCGUCCCGCGCUGCCCCCCGCCAGACCUCGCGCCACCGGCUACCAGUACGCGAUCAGACCCUUCAGGAAAGAUUUCUCCGGGAUACAGUUUAGAAGGCGGUGGAGCGACGACUGCCUGGACUCGUCGCACAUCCCGAACGAGGUGUACUUCGGCGACGUGCCGGUGUCGCUGGAGGUGCUGUUCAACUACUACGACGCGAACGCCGAGCGGGAGAAGCUCGCCACGCAGGCCGCGCACAUCGCCGCGCAGAAGGCCGCCGCCGCCAAGCUCGCCGCCGCCAAGCUGCAGGCCAGGGGACUCCUCUCCAACGAGGUAACGACAGUGGACUCUUCAUCAUCAGACGAUACGUCAGGUUCCUCAGGCAGUGAUUCGGAAGAAAGUGACGAUGACGCGCCGCUGAAGCGCGGUCCGGGCCGGCCGAAGGGGUCGAAGAACUCGCCGCGGGCGGGCAGCGCGGGCGGCACGGCGGCCACGCCGGGCGGCGCGGACGCGCGGCUGGCGGCGGCGGCGCGGGCGGCGGCUCGGGCCGGCGCGGCCGCCUCGCCCGUGCCGCCCGAGCUGCGCCAGCCCGGCAUCACCGACAUGAAGAAGUUCUGCAAGGCCGCCGGCAUACGCUUCGACUACAAGAAGCUUGUCGAAGGGUGCACAAAAAACAAGGAGCGUGUACAAAAAAUGAUGGACCUGCUCGUGGCGGCUGGGCUGGAAGGCAAGCCGACUUUAGAGAAAUGCAAGGCCAUAAAACAGGCGACAAUCGACAAGAAAGAACAAGAGAAACAGGCGAAGAAAGAGGCACGGGCUAAACACAAAGAGGAUGAACGCAAAACGGAGGGCGCGGUGCCGCGGCGCAUGACGCGCGGCGCGACGGGCGUGAAGCCGCGCCAGCGCAUCGUGAUCUCGUCGGACGAGGAGGACGACACGCCCGCCGCGCGCCGCACGCUCUCCAAGCUGCGCUCCAGCGUCAACGACGACUCCGACUCCGACUAGGUCCCGGUCGGCCUAAUAAAUCGAUAGUGACAUCGGGACGUUAUUAUACGUCGAUAGUUCGACGUGGACAUUAUGCGUACCUCUAGAAAGUGCUUCGACGGAGGUCAGAUACUAGAAACUAUGUAUCGAGUACGUGUGAUUAUUUCCUACUAAUUUUAGGUUGUAUGUCGGAUGUAGUGUGCGGUUAUGUAUAUGACAAUAGUGUCUUAAUGUAAACGUAAAGUGCAAGCGUGGUGUAGUCGAGGUGAAAAAAUAUUAGCGGAAUGUGUUGUUUAUGAUUACGAUUCAUUCAGUGAUGCCAGAAUUUAGAUCUCGAAUUUAUUUUAUUCAAAUUGAGGAUGUGUUCCGGUUUCCUUUGAUAUAAAAAAAUAAAAAUAUUUGUAUUUGAAAAAGGAAUGUUUGAGUGCAAACUCUAUAGUAACGUAAUAUUGCAUUUCAUAAUAACAUAUAACAAAUUCUUUUUAUUUAUCGACUAACUUUAUAAUAAUUUAUCGAUACUUUUUACAUAGAGAUGCACUUAAACAUACGCUGAUAACAUUAUCGAUGACGAUAAGAAGAUAUUUUAAAAUCAAACUAUAUGUUUGAUGUGGCAGCUUUUUAUUUAUUCAAAAGAUCUAUAAUUAAUAUGGGAGUGUGAAAGUAGAAAGGUAUGUAAUCUGAUAUAGAUUUAGAGUAUCGAGUUGGAUAUUGCGGAUUCAGUUAAGGCGAAGUCUGCAUACUUUAGAAAUUUUUGUUUAUAGUUAAUGAAAACGAUUUGCGAAGUUUGCAGUCUACGCCUUAAGGGCGUGCCGUGUGGGCCUGUGUCGAUAUUGAUAUUAUAUUUUAUCGACCCUAUUAUACGUAAAGUGUAGUGCAUUUAUUAGUAAAUCGUACAUUAUUUUAAAAUCCAUCGAUCUCACGUUUUCCCAUAUAAAAUCGAAUUUAAUUAGAUGAAAUGGAACACUAAAUUCGUCUCCUUAUGCAUGCGGAAGUAUUUACGAGCGCUUACUGAUCCGUCUGUACAAAAGAGAAAUGUAACACCAGGCGAUAAAUCUCAAACCAGUCAGGAGCCAGAACUUAUAAGGUCCAAAAUUCAAUAUCACAGGCACGAACCCACGCGGCACGCCGUUGAAAACAAAAUAAGUAGGACUAAAACCCCUCGCCUACUAUCUAAGUAGAAUGUAGUUACGGACGCUUGAAAACGGCACACGACAUUGUUCAUUAGUGCCUAUAUUGUGGAGUAAUUAUAAGUUUGCGUGAUGCGGUUUACGGUGGCAUUCGUGCGGAUAAACUAUAGGGUGGAAAUGGUGAUGUGUUUUGUUUAUCUCUCUUUCCGUCUAGAAUCUAAACUCUAGAUUGAUCGAAUUUCUUUUUGGGAUUUAAUUUGCUAGACAGCAGGUGCAGAUAAGUUAGUUUUUAGUGAAUUUGAUUAAAUAUUCUUUUUUACAUAUCUUUUUUGACGCGGAAGUGUUUCUUGGUACAUUUUGGCCAUAUUUUUAUUUGAUGACCGCCAUCGAGUAAAUCAAUUGUAGUUGAAGUUCUGGAUGGGGUUGCUACUGUUUAUCCGUUUGUCUGUUUCAUCAUUCAAUGCAUUAAAAAAGAGUUACUAGACUAUCAUGGGAUUCACACGUUGAUCUUUCGAAUAUUUACAAGUGAAUAACACGGACGUUCGUGUAGUGUUUCAUGUUACACUGGGUGUUGUUUUAGAUAUAUCUAGCGAUUGGAGGAAUAUUUCUCGAAAACCACUUACGAGAAUUAUGGCACUGCGCGUUAUUACGAUAAAUGCAACAGAAAGGUCGUUACAAACAUCGAAAACUAUUAUUUAUUUUGUAACAGUUAUAAAGUACAUAAUUACAUUGGCUACAAUAUCCUUCGGGGAACAGUUUACACUGCAAGAAUCAGAAUCUAGAUACAAGAUUAGAUAGAGGAGAUUUUACAUUUACCAUCGAUAGAGUAGAAAAGAGAUAAAAAAAUAUUGCCAUAUCCGAUCCUAUGGUUUAUCCAUACGAGUAGUAACAUCAUAAUCGUUUUCAUUUAUUUACAUAACGAUGCGCUUUAUGCGAUCGUAAAAUUUUUUAUACUCUAGUUUUUUAUAUAAAUUAUGAAUAAAUUGGUAACACCAAGACGUUUGAAUUAAGGGUCAAUGUAUAUAAUUAUUGAGUAUAUAUUCGAGUGUCGCGGUUUAUUUUUGUACAGAGAAUGUUUCGGGCGUGUGAUGGGCUUUGUACAUACGCGUGUGAAAGGAAAUUACAUUAUUUAAAUAAUAUACCCAUCGGAGAUCGAAAAGCGUACUUUUAUGGUGUUCUUCCUUUUGGCUGCAAUGCCUUUACUUCAAUUUUUUUUGUAACUUUAUUAUAGGAUUACAUCGAUAUGGUCUUCUUGAUAAACUUUCUUGAUUUUUUUGCAUUUUUAAUUAACAUAUCGAUACGUUCGCAUCUCGGCGUUUUACAUAAUUCCUAAGAUAAAUACGAAUAAAUCUAUUUUUUAUUUAUCAUUGUCUGCUAUGUUUUUCAUACUUAUUUCCCAAAAUACAUCCUAAAGACAUUCGUAUUAUCGAUAUUUAAUUUUACCAUAGAAGUAGAGAUUGCCGAGGUGCCUAAUCGAUAUGGUCUAAUCGAUUAUUACAAGGAUCUGAAUUAAAUUGUGCAAGAAGGUACGGAGUGUUCAGAAAUUUUGUCUUUAUGCAUAAUAUAAUUCCCUUAGUGGAUGUAGAGGAUUCCGUAAUUUAACUAUUGUAUUGAUCGUUUACAUAAAAUAUUUGUAUGCGUGACUUCAUUUGCGUUAUAAUAGAUGAUUAUUUUACUAUCUUCAAACCAAAGUCUUUAGGCGCGGGUUGAUGGAUCUUUGUGGAUGACCAAAGUUUAUAACUUAUGUGGCCAUUUAUGUAACUUGGGCAAGAAUACUAUUGGUAUCCUGGCCGUGUCUCUCAAAAACGCUACAGGAUGCUACGUUUCGAUAUUACGGGUAUGGGCAAUGGUGAAAUAGGGUGUAGGAAUGGCCUCUUGAUAAAGAGGCCAACGGGCCUAGGAAAACUAUGAGCCGACUUUUCAAGACCUGCAGAUCUUGACUAAUGGUUGAUGUUAUUCACGUGUCCAAUGCUGAGUUAUGAGGAGUUUGACUACAAUUCCUCUCGUUCUUCGGAAACGGGAAGAUAUUUAUUAGCUGGAUUGACAUUUCAGAAACUAGGCUUCGCUCCGAUAAAUUUGCCAUGAGCUUCAACGAUAUAGUUGUGCGUUAGAGUCCCUGUCUAGAAAGGUUUGGUUAUGAGAAGUCCAUGUACUGCCGCGAUGUCCUUAUUAUUGCAAAUUACACGCCACAAAUAUCGCCUCUGAUAUAUAUAACUUUUGCGAUUAAGUUUCUAAAUCAAAUUUAAUUUACUCUCAUAAUUUCUCAUAAUUAAAACUAAUUCUACUCCUUUUAAAAUUAUAUUGAAAUAAUAAAGGCGUUUUACUCGGUUUUCAUUAACUGGUUAUUUUUAACUGAUUAAAUAUUACUGUUUUGCGAUGUAUAAUUUUAUGAUAAUUGCGGACCAUUAUGCAAAUUUCAAUUCAUUUUGGUUCUUAUGCGUCUUAAAAUAGGUAAUGAUACAUUUUUCCCACAUGAUACUAACGUUAAUUUGCAUUUAUGUCUAUAUUGUAGUUUUUUAUCAUGUAAGAUGAAAUCUACCAAUUUUAUUACAACCAAUGUAUAAAAAUAUAGUAUUCGUAAUGAAUUUCUGAUUAAUAGCAAAUUUCUGAAUCUCGUAAUAUGCCUUUUUGGAAAAGUGGCCAUCGAUGAGAACAUUUUUCAUGUGGGUUUUUUCGACUCGACAAAUCAAAGUUUUAUUUUUGGAAAAACUUGUCUUCAAGUAUCUACUUCUUUGCUUUACUUGACCAAAGUUUUAAAAUUGUCUUGCCUUUGUAAAGAUUGUAAAAUAUUGCUGUUAUUAAGGUGGCGUCGGUUCUCUUCGUCGGUAUUUUCUUUGUUCCUUAUACAUGGUGUUUGGUUUUCUAAACGCUUUUUAAAGUUGAGUGAAUUUCUAAAUUUUCAACCUCGGAAUUUAAUUUUGAUCCUAAAGACGUCUAAUAUUACUAAGAGACAAAAAAACAAAGAGUAACUCUGGAUAAAUAAAUGAAUUCGUAAAUGAGUUCCGUUUAAGUAAACCUCGCUCGUGGAAUAAGACUUAUAUCUUGAAGCAUAAAGGCGAUAUUGCAAUAAAUGUAAAAAUAAUUAUUCGAGCAAUACGCGGAUAUUGCUUUUUGUGUAGCCUUUUUAAUUUCUAAGUGAAAGUGUGAAAUGUAGGAAAUUCAUAUAUUCUACGUAUAAAGAAUUAAAUAAAAGCAGAAUCACAAUAUUAAUAAAGAAAAUAAUAUUAUAUAGAAAAAAAAUAUAUUGAAAAAUGUUGUACAUAUUAGUCCUAGAGAACUUAGAUAUAUAAGUUUUAUCAUUUUAAGAUAUGAUAGAUAUUUGUAUUUGUAACAUAUAUUUAGAUGUGUUUUCAUUUACCAUAAAACAAAUAUAUAUCGACGAUUUUGAAUGCCUUCUUUAUUUUCAUUGCGGGCUGUCAGGACCUGUUCUUGUGAAUAUUGUCAUAUAUAAAAAAAAAGUAAAAUAUUAAAUAACGAGAAUCUAUCGAUUUUUUUUUGUAGUCCAUCAAUUUAUCGUCGGCUUAAAAUGCCAAUAAUAAAAUUCUUUUGAUCAGAAUUUAUUUUUAAAAUUUUUUUUAUUCAUGAAUAUAUCAUAGAGAAUAAAGUUAUACAUUUAAAAAUUAUCAUUUGAUGUGAGUUGCAAUAAGUAAUAAAACGGAAUUUCAUUUGAAGUUAACAAUUUUAUUUUUAAAGAAAUUUUAGAAUGUCCAGCCUAAAAAUUCUAACAAUAUAUACUAAAAUAUUUAAUACACGUCAGUAUUCAUUUUCAAUUUUAAUAAUGGUUACUAUUUAACCCGGAAAUCAGUAGCAGAUUAUUUAGGUUAUUUAUUAAAAAACAAACAUGUUACAAAGUUAAAGUGAGGGUAAUAGUUAUUGGUCAGGGAAGAAGUAUUGCUACGUUGUCACAUUCAAUAGUAACAGAGUUGUAAUAAUGCAUCGAUUUUUUACUACGAUCGAUUUCACUAAACACCAACCGACUUAGGUAGGUGAAUAUCGACCAAACAGUAUAUAGCUUGGCAUUAUCGACAAUAGGGUAUUUGACUUAUUUUAUAACUUUUAUAAAAUAUGGACGUCAUAUUAAUUUUAAAACAAAAUAAAUCAUUGAAAUCUGAUGAAAAAUUCACAAGUUAUAAGCCAUUGAAAUUAAGUAGUAGAUGUGAGUGACAAAAAACAGAAAAGAGACGAAAUCUUGCACUCAUGCACGUAGCAAUAUAUGAAAUUUGAAAUACUGCCUCAUUUCUUAUAGAAUUUUAAUGCUGUUUUUACAGAAGGAUUUCUUUUUUGUAAAAUUCAUAAAAUCAAAUAUAGUCAAAUACCCUAUUGUAUUGAUUCAUUCUCACAAAUGAUUCGCAGUUAGACAUUGUUUGUUUAUUCUAAUCGAUAGAGACUUCAACUCGUGGAUUGUGACAAUUGACAUUCUCCGGUUCUGACAGCGCGCAAUAAAUUCAAAAUGGCCGUUAUUUAAUUAGUCAACUUAUAUAAUAAAAAUAUAUGAUAUUUAGCGUAAGUGAAUGCUUUUCGCCGACAUUGGAAUUUUUAUUUAUGGAGAGAAACAUUAUUUUCACCUUGCCAAUACAUGAGGCAUACGAUUUUUUUUUAAUUUAUUUAAAUCUAUGUGAUGACGCAAUUGUGGCGACUUGCGAGUCGAAGGCAGAUGAAGACUGUAUUAAAAGUGGAUAUCCAAUAGACGCAAUAAAUAUUUAAUUAACAGUUAUGGAUUUUGUAGUUAUAUAAAUACCCAAUGCAUGACGAUACUAUACACCUUUAAUCAUGACAAUUUUUAGGAUCUACAGUAACGUUUUCUUGGUAAACUACGAUCUUGUAUCACCUUAACAAUUACACCUUGAUUUUAUAGUCGUUUUGGAACCAAAAUAUGGUUUCUUAGAACAAUUUGUAGGAUCAGAAAAAUAGUUAAUUAAUUGUACUAUUGAUAAUAAAAAUAAAAUUGAUAAUAUUUUUCUCUCGUUCGAGUUUGAUAAUGAUAGUAACGUCGCGACAAUUAAUUCAUAGUUAUGAAUGGCACCGAUCGUAGUAAUACGUGACAUUUAGUUGCAUUACCACGAGUUCUCAUUUAUUAUUCGUAAACAUUAAUUUUAAUGUCUAUAAAAAAAUAUUUUUAUUUCAUUACAUUGGUAUAUUUUUUUAAACUUUAUUAUUGAUAUAAAAUUUAAAAUUUUCGGUUUCAAAACGACUAUAAAAUCGCAGUGUAGAUAAAAGGUACUAAAAAGUGCAAAUCCUCCAUUUGUACACAAAUAUUACCUGUUGUAAACUUAGAAAGAGAUAUAAAACGCAAGUACGAUACAAUUAACAAUUGGGCUAAUAAUUGUGUGCACGUACAUUUUUUCCCCCCUAUUCCUAUACAAAAAUGAGAAGUUGAUUAUUUUGAAAAGACAUAAAAUACACUACAAAUAACAUGUUAAAUUAUUUUGAUCACGUAAAUAUUUGAAAUUAAUCCAAGACAUUUUUUCAAGAUAUAAUAUAAAUCUUCUGAAACGAACAAGAUUUUUGGUUUACUAAAUGGGCGAAGUUAGAGAAGAAACUUUUGUAAAACUGUCUCUACUUUGCCUUUUAGGUUUAGGUUACUCUUGAAUGUCUUUUAACUCUAAUUUCAAUAUAAAUUCUGGAAAUAAGGAAAGAUUAAAUAUUUACCAAUGACUAAACAAUGUGCCCACUCUACAUACUUAUGUCACGUAUACCUAAUUGUGAGGUAAAUUGUAUUGAAUUCAUUUUAAUUGUUCAUAAACAAUGUAAUGACGAAAUACAACAGUAGACAACAUGAUUAAUAAAAUACUGAUACUACCUAACGUUACCUUAAUAGUAUAGAGCACCAUCCUAUUUUCGAUUUUGCAUAUUAUUCUAUAUAAUUAGUAGUAGUCCUUAUGCGAAAAGUGUAUUAAAAUUGUUUAAAAAUGAGCCGUAAUUGAUGUUUUAAAUAUUGCAAUGAGGAGUGGGCGCUUGGUGGGGUUAUCGCUUUAUCUCUUUCUUUCGCAGGUAUUUAAUUCACGAUGACGUCACGUGCGUGUAUUGCGCAUCUUGUUACUUGACACCCUUUCUAAUGAAAUUUAAGCGCUUAUAACUAGUUGACUUUUAAUAGGAUCUAAAUCAUUCUUUCUGUGUUAGAAUUGAUAUAACGUGUAUAUUUGAUAAAAGCAAAGAUUAAAAAUGAAUCAGGUACUCUUGCUGCUGAAGGACAAUAUUCAGAUAUAAUAUGAAUUUUACUGGAGUAUUUUGAUGCUGUCGAUGUUAGGGUGUUUGUCUACAAUGGAGCUGAGCUAGGACAUGUACUUGUCAAGCUACAAUGAGCUAAGAAAUUUCCAGGAUAUACAUUCAGCCCGAAAUUAAUGUACAUAUAAUAUCUAUAUUUAAUACAAAAUAAUAAAUUUGAACAGUAUAAAUAGUACUUUAAAGUAUUAUUUAUCAAUUAUAUCGUUCAAUUAACGGUAAAGGAAAACAUAGUGAGGAAAAUGACAUUGAGAAUUCUUCAUAAGAAUUUCGACACACUCCCGUCGACGGAAUAAGGCCCCUUUACCUUAAUUCGAAGUUUUAUAGAUCUCAGGCUUGGAGUUACAAGCAUCUACAAGUUCUUAUCAUUAACAGCUUUCCAGCACAAUAUGAGUUUUGGUGUAAAAUUGAAAAGGUAGUAUAAUGUUGGUUUACUAAGUCUUCCGUCUAGAAUCUAGAUAGCGUCUGCGUGUUGUGUGAUUGUUAUGAUUUAUUUAUAGUUUAGCGUAAUCAUCAUACCUCCAUAUUUUUGUCACUAAUUUUACAUCACAAUAACAUAUUUCACUGAAUAUUACACUGGAUUUAAUUCGAGUAAUGUCUUAUAUUUUUUACUCGCCUUUUUUGUUCAGGCUAUCUUUAUUCUGAAUGGUUUAGGUCCAGUGGUUAUACGCAUUUAAAGUAUUUUUUUUACAAUUUAGGCAACUUUUUACAUUAACAUGUUUUGUUUGAGUUUGUUUUUUUUAAAUACCUGUCUUUUUGAACUAUUUUGUUUUCGCUAACCCUACCUAGAUUUCAGUAUUAGAUUUUCCUUCCUUAGGCAUCUUAAUUCAUCGCACACUUUGAUUUAGAGUGGAAGGUACUAGGUAUACUAAUGUGACCUUCUUUGUUGUAAAUAUAAAAUUGUGAUUUGAUGUGCAACUGUCGAAAUUCUAAAUUCGAGGUACAGUCAGGCACAAAAGUAACUGAACAAAUUCAUAACUUAAAUUCGGCUAUGCACGUUGAGUUAAUUUUUUUUUUGUGUAAAGUAAAUCCCUUUUGUUUUACUUUUGUGAAGAAACAAAUUUUGGUGUAGAAUACAAAAGUGUAAAACCGAUUUGAAGUUUAGAAUUUUUUCAGAUACUUAUGUGAGUGACUGUACACGUUCGAGAGAUUUCAUAAUAAUUGUACGCGGUAAUGAAUAGUUUUAGCGUAUGUCGGUGAAAUGUGCUGCUAUGAAUCGUUCGCGGUAUGAGAUUUUUUUUGUAAAAAUUGUAUUAUAUUAUAUACAUACGUAUAUCGAUUUUUUUGGAUGUAGAAUGCCAUAUUGUGAUUAGUUCGUUAGCUACACGAAGUAUUUUUCAAAUAAAAAUAUCUAUGUAUACAUA